AUGCAGCUGAUCGUUCCGAUCCUUCGUAUGGUAUACAUAUUCCUGAACGUAUUCGACACGUUCAAGACUCUCAGGCUCCCUCCUUCCUCUGCCAAGAAUGGCGGGAAGCCUACCGCGCGCGCGAUGAGCCAGCGCAAGCGCUCAAUGAAGGGCUGCAUGACUGUCUGGAUCGUAUGGUGCUGCUAUGUCAUCUACGAGCGAACUUUCGACCCGAUGGUCCGCCUCUUUGUGCCGUUUUACGACGAGAUCAAGUCGAUAUUGAUUUUGUUCUUCUUGGUCUCGAGGGCUCGUGGCUCUGAACCUGUCUUCUUGUUUGUUAUCAAGCCAGUGAUCAAGCCAUAUGCAGCGACGCUUGACCUGAUCUUCGAUAUCGCCUUCACCGUCACCGACUUCGUGUUCCUCCUGGUGACCCUCCCA